AUGUCUAAAGUAGCACGAUUUACGUGUGUUCUCUGUACUAAGAGGACAAAAAAUCAUGAUAGACGGUUUCUUGGUGGAGAAAGUAAUAAAGGACUACGCAAAUACUUGUACAAAUAUUUUUUCCUUAAUGUUGAUAGUUGUGAUGUUAUAUGUGGAGCAUGUAGACGUAAUUAUUACAGACAAUAUGAUGACAAGUCAAUUACCAAUGCUAAACCAGACAAACAGGUACUACCAGCAGCAAGCACAUCACAACAGACACUUGUUUCGCCUAAAACUAUAACGUUGUCGCUGUCUUCAAUAGGUGGAAGCCACUCAACCUGCUUCGUUUGCAGGAAACGAGGUCCUAAACUAAUUGUUGUUUCUUCCUCAACAAGGCUAACUACAUUUGUACAAAAUAAUAUUAUAAUACCUGCAGGAGCGAGAUGUUGCCCUGGUCAUAUUUCUGAUGAGAAUUUCAGUGAACAAGCCAUUGAAUGUUUAUCUGACUUAAGAAAAACAACAGAUUUUAACCGAAGUGAUAUUUUGGACCUUCUUCAAAAAAAAAGAAUGCUACUCCUAAAAAAUGAAGACAAAAGAUUGAAUUUUGAUAAAGACUCCACAUUAAGUGAUGCAGAGUAUAUCAGUUUAACAGGCAUUGAUAAAAAAUCAUUCAGUGAUUUAGCAUCACAUCUCGUCUCAAUUAGAGAUACGAAGGUGCGUAGUUCAAGGACAUGCUUAUGCAUUUUUUUGACAAAAAUGCGGUCAGGUAUGUCCAACAAACUUAUGGAAACUAUUUUUAACGUAGGAAAAGAUUCGAUCCGCCGAGCAGUUACAACAGUCAGGAAAAAUCUUAUGCAGACAUUCGUACCAAAGCACUUAGGAUUCAACCAUAUUUCUAGAGAGAACUUAAUUGAAAACCAUACUAGACCUCUUGCCCAGACAUUAUUUGGCAAUGAAUUCAAUCCUGCAAUUCUUGUAAUUGACGGAACAUACAUAUAUAUCCAGAAAAGCGGUCAAUUUCAGUUUCAACGCCGUACAUUUAGCAUGCAUAAGCAUCGGCCUCUUGUCAAACCCAUGGUUUUCGUAACCACUACAGGUUAUUUUGUCAGCGUUAUGGGUCCAUACCUGGCAGAUAGUAAAAAUAAUGACGCCAAUAUACUUAAGCAUAUAAUUGCCUCAGACAAUGAGCAGAUUAAAAGUUGGUUGCAGAAAGAUGAUGUUUUCAUUGUUGACCGUGGAUUUCGGGACUCAAUUGAUCUGCUUGAGGAAUUAGGAAUACAAACAGAAAUGCCUUCGUUCUUAAAGAAAGGCCAGGCACAGUUUACCACAGAAGAAAGCAAUACUUCAAGAUUAAUAACAAAGAUUCGCUGGGUAGUUGAAUCCGCAAAUGGCAGAAUUAAGACAUGGGUGUUCUUCAACCAUGUGAUGCCUAACUCACAAAUACCGUAUAUUGGAGAUUACCUACGCAUUGUAUGCUCAAUAUGCAACAAGUAUUUCAAACCACUUAGUUCUGGUGAUCCAGAGGAAGACCAACUACUUGGAUGUAAAAUGAUUUAUCUUUCUAAGCAAAAUAAUCUCCUUAAAGAAAAAAUUGAGUCGGAAAAUCUUGACCGCAUUAGAUCUAGUUCUACUACUUGGUGUAAGAUUGAUGCUGCGUCUAUUGAAUUUCCUUCUAUUACUGAAGAAGAUCUCAGAAACCUUACCUUAGGAGUUUACCAGAUAAAAUUGGCUAAAUCAUACGUAGCUGAACAUGUUACUGAAAACAGUGACUUUGAGGUACUAGUACAUAAACAGGAAAACAAUUUGAUAUGUGCAAAAAUCCAAAGUAGACAUGUUUCAUCUAAAGCUCAUUUGUUAUGGAUUCAAUACGAUGAAGUGACUGUUCUUGGCUGGUUCUGCAAACAUCGUGCUGGAGCAAGAGUAGUUGGUAUGUGUGCACACGUUUCGGCAGUUAUCUGGUAUUUAGGGUAUGCUCGCUGUUUGGACAUACCCUAUUGUUCUGGUGACGAUUGGACAAAAUAUCUCAUAGAUGCACGUAAUAUGCCAGAACCCGAAAUUAUUGAUGAAAGUGAUGAAAGUGACUGCGUUGAAGAAUGA